CCGGUCAUCAUACCUCGAGUAUCCUCCGUGUUGUCCAGACACGUUCCACGUUCUCCAACGUUUCGUCCAUUUUCGUCUCAUCUCGCGAUACCGAUACUGGUCCCGGGCCAAUCGCGUUCCCGCAUCAUCUCAUUAAGAAUCGUCAAAAAAAGUAGUCGGCCUGAGUUCACGCCCGUUGAGUAAGAAAAUAACUUGUAAAUUUACAAUCGCAACCGAACAGGAAGCAUCCUGCAGUCACCGGCUUCAACCAGAAUCGUAGAAAACAAUAACUUAGGAACUGGAAUCAAGUAGAGAGCAACUCUCUUGACAGAUUUUAGAAUAGACCGAGGUCAAGUAGAUAGGUGAAUCCGAUAAGUUCACGAGUUGCAUUCGAACGAAAGGCAACUCGACAAACAGCCGUUCAAUGUUAUCAAUCAACAUGCGUGUAUUCAAGACUGUACUACUCAUCGCGUUCUUCGCAAGCGUUCAGUGUUUACCCGUCAUCGACAAGUCGACUGAGUCCGAAAUUGAUUCCAAGAUCGAAAUCAAAGAUGAAAUCAUAUCGGUGAUACCGCAGGAGACAGCUGUAACCUUCGCCGCACCGACGUCUACGCUCUCCGAUGCCAUCGAUUAUUACGAUCAACGGCAGAAUGGAACUGAGAACUAUCGCAUCCACUUGGACGGUCUUGUAUUCGUAUUUGCGCCAGUCGAGGCACUGCUCCUGGCCGGCGCCACCGGCAACUCGGAACAUAAUUUAUCAAUUUCCAAUCAAAAGGUAUCCACUCCGCCGACGAUCCAGUCCAUCAACGAACUAGACAAACCCAUCAUCGAUAGCGUUCCCAACAAAACCGAUUUGGCGAUCUCGAAGACACUAAACAAACCAGCUGUACUAUUGAUGAAUUUCUUGUCACCCUUGAUACGGCGCAUACGUCAUGUGCGAGGCACGAGCGUGCACUAAAACGAUUCCUCGAUGCUUGCAAUUCUACAUACACAAUAUUCCGUCUACAGCAUAUAUUAAGAAAACGGGAUAGGAUAUCUGCAUCUACAGGGAUGAUGGACGAGUACUCAUAGAAUAUAACGUGUAUGAUUGACGAUCGAAUUGAUGUCGUACCACGCAUUUACAUGGUGUUUAGUAUUAAUAAAAGGACGUGCUAAUAUUAGCAUUAAUCCUCGAACUCAUUUCUCUGUAACUUAAAAGAUGGCUUUUAAAUGAAUAUACAUAAAAUUAGAAAUGGCGAUUUCAUUCACCUUAUCCGUACAAUGUAACGGGCGAUUGUGAUUCAGUAACCACAUAUGUAUUUACAUGUUAAACAAGCUAAAUACAAUAUUCGCUUUGCCAUAAUUCCGUUUUGAUUUAGCGUCACAAUAUA